CACACACACACACACACACACACACACACGCUCACGCUCACACACACACACGCAGACUCACACAAAUACAGAGGCAUGAUAUGGUCCGGAGUAGUCAGUUGUGCAGAUUUCUCUUCGAGGGGUCAGAGGAGCAAUUGUCAAGACAUGGACUUUAGCCAAAAGAAGCAUUGAAACCCGCCUGCCUGCUUAGACUGGAGGCUCAAUCCCUCACAGCUGACCUUGGGAAACUGAAAGGGGGGGAAGUGAAAUUGGGUGACGCAAGGGCACAACCAGUCACAUAAUGGCAGUCCCAAGUGACCUCUCGCUUUUCAACUCCACCUCCUCCCCCUAUUCAAUGACAGAGAAUACCUCUCUAGCCCCCUCUGCUCUCCACUGCCCAGACUGGCCUCCUGUGCCCAUGACCACAGUCAUCCCCGCCAUCUACAGCAUUAUCUGCGUGCUGGGAACCGUAGCCAACACCCUGGCAGUGUGGGUGUUGGCCCAUGCAAGUGCCUCGAGGAGAACUGUGGCUAACACUUUCAUGCUGAACCUGUGCGUGUCCGACCUGCUGUUCCUGCUGUCCCUCCCGCUGUGGGCCGUCUACUACUCCCAGGGCUACAGCUGGCCCUUUGGCCGGGUGGCCUGUAAAGUCUGCGGAGUGCUCCACAACCUCAACCUCUACGCGUCUAUCUUCUUCAUCACGUGCAUGAGCAUGGACCGAUACCUGGCCAUCGUGCGUCCGCUCCGCUCCCAGAGCGCACGAUACCCCAAGCGCGCCCGGCUCACGUGCAUCCUGGUGUGGGUGCUGGCAUGCGCUUGCUCGGCCCCCACCGUUUAUCUGAGGGACACUUACUACCUGGAGGAGCUUGGCGUGAAAGCCUGUGCGAUUUUAUAUCCCGAUCAUACCUGGUACCUGACCCUGGUCUGGAUGAAGAUUGCUCUGGCCUUCCUGCUGCCACUGUUUGUCACCUCUUGUUGUUACUCUGCUAUCGGUAGACACUUGCUGGCUGAUACAGGGUUGGUAAGAAUGCAGACUUCAUCACACCCCCCCAGCAUGCCCUCUUUUAAAUCACUGGAGUCAAAGGAGAGCUGCAGUAAACCAGAGAGACCUCCGACCCCCUGCGUGUGCCCCGGCUCCAGCGGGGGCAGGCCCCUGGAGGGCAGAGGGCUUGAGCGGGUGUUGUGGACAGUAGCUGCUGUGGUCCUGGCCUUCUUCAUCUGCUGGUUCCCCUUCCACUGCGUGACCUUCUUGGGAGUGCUGAAGAGCGGCGGCUGGGUGGACAGCUGCGGGGUAACCUGGACCAUCGACACCCUCACACCGCUGACCCUCUGCUUGGGAUUCUCAAACUCGGCCAUCAACCCGGUGCUCUACUGCUUCAUCGGCAACCAUUUUCGGGGCCGUCUCGGGGGACUCUGCAAGGGCCUGUGGGCUUGCCUGAAGGCCCACGGGGAAGAUAGCAGCCAGAAGAGGGGCUCCUUCAGCACCAGGCUGAGCUCCUUCUCUCGAAAACUUAGUGACCUGAAAGACCUGGCGAUUGUAGAGCCCUCCGGUCCUAACUAACCAGGCCACCUGGAGGGCAGGCUGUCCCCUUCCCUCCACUGGCUUCACACUCCAGAGUGACGCCAACGUCAUGUGACUGCUGAACUCCAUACUAAAGCAUGGCUGCGUGAGAUGGUGCUGUAACUAUGAUCAAAUUCCAGCAGAGCUUAACGCUUGCUCUACAAAGACAGAAAUAAAGUUAUUACAAAAUAUAAAGCUGAGAGGUUUAGAGUUUUGAGGCUGGUAGCCAAACGGCGUAAGAAACUGAAGUUGAACAUUUCAUGUCUUUAAUGCUGCUGUAUUCAGCCAAUACGUUGAAAAAACCUCACUGUACACAACCCGCUCAGCACCAAACAGACACACAGACACAGCUAGCGACUGGCUGGUGAACAUAGUGGAGCAUUUAAAAAAAAAAUGAAAGAAUCAAGUGUAAUGUAGGUUUAAAGUUGCAGGAAAGGAAAGCUGUAGGGAGUAAGUUACAGCUGCUCUGCUAAGCUAGGCUAAUGAUGUUGUAGCAGGACUAGUGCAGCUGCUGUUACUUUUUCUUUCGUUGUAAUUCUGCCUCAUUUAUAUGGCAUGAUAAACGUCAUCACAAAGAUGAUAGAUGUUUUACACGAGUAUGAAAGAGUUAAUUUAGCCUUUCAUAAGGCUAGCUGUGGCUAAUCUCAACAGCUAGCUUUAAUUCAAGCUCAGUUUUGUAGUUUUGCAAACUACGAUGUUUUCUCAGAAAUUAUACACUUCUGUGGCAUUCCAAUAUUUAAUAUGGUAUCUCCAUUUUGACUGAAUGUUGUAUUACUGUAUUUUGGCUUUGUAGGCCAAAACAUUAUGAAAUAGAAAUGUAUAAGGAUAAUUAUUAACAACAUGUCAUAACAAUGCUACAUUUACUGUUCCUUUUUGGGACCAAUGCAUUAUAUGUGUAAUCAUGAAACUUGUAACAUUUUAAUUGUAUUAUUCUGUAAAGACAGUUUAGGAAAAUGGAAAUGAAUGUAUUUCUUUGACUAUAAAUAAGAAAUAAAGUGAACUAUACUUCCUUAUUAAAAAUG